UCUCCUCCUACCUAUGGACUCACCCACACUUUCUUCUCCUCCUCUUUCUUUCACUUUCAGUUUAGCCGCCGAUCACCGACUGGGUCAGAUCUCCGGCGAUUAAACAUAUACUUCAUCAUCCACAAAACCUUAUCAAAUCAAAAAGAAUAAUGUCUGAAAAGUGAGUUGAUAAUUGAGACAUUUUGACUCGGUAAAAGCUGAAGUUUAUUCCACCAUGAGUUAUUUAUAUUAUUAUUUAUAAAUAAUAAUUGGGUAAGGUUGGUUUGUUUUACCAUAUUGCCCCUUGAUGGAUAUUGGGAGAGAUGGUUCAUUUCAUGGUUAUCCAGCUCAAGUUUGGCCUACAAUUACCCCUGCAAGUCAAGAUUACUCGGACUUGAAGAUGAACAGCACAAAUGGACUCGAUAAUGGUUUCAACAAUGGCACUAUUGGGACGAGUUUUGGUGGCUGGGAGAGUAGUAAUUUGUGGUCAGAUGAUCGAGUUUCGAAUACUCAUAAACCUGGCUUGUAUGACACCCUUUUUAUGAAUAAUAUGUGGAGUGGUAUUCCUUGUAGUGAUCUGCUUGCACUUGCAGACCCUGCUAUAGCCGUCACCAGAAAAGGUUCUGGUGACGGAUAUGACAACAUUAUUGGUGGCGGCUGUGUCGGUAUUGGUCGGGUUGUGUGUGAUGACAACGAAGUAAAUGUACAGCCGCAGAGUCAGGAUGUUGGAUGCGUGCCCGAUUCACCACAAAAUGAGCAUCCUGACGAAACUAGAUACUUGUUUGAUCUAAAUUCAAUACCAAUAUUAACUGAACCAGAGUUGAUCACAAGCAGCCCGUCUGAAUUACCACCUGUAACGCCAAAGCCAACCAGAAGAGCAGGCCGGCGUGGAAAGUUAUCUGAUAUAAUAUAUUCAACUCAAGUUGAAACAACGGAUCAGGACGUGAUCAAUCUUGAACAACCAGAACUGAUCAUAGAACAAUCACAGAAUGAUUUGGAGGUCGAGGAAGACUUUGAAGAGGGGUCAAGCGAUGAUCUAUAUUUAAAGAAAACACCACAGCUGAAACAAAGAACAAAAAUAAGAAAGUGUAGAAAUCUUGAACAGUCAAAGCUGAUCACUGAACAAUCACAGGGUGAUAUUUUGCAAUUGGAGAUAGAUGAAGACUUUGAAGAUGGAUCGAGUGAUGGCCUAGAUUUUAAAAAAACACCACAGCCUAAGCAAAGAAGAAGAAGAAGAAGAAGAAAGCACAGAAAAGUUGAACAGCCAAAGGUGAUCACGGAACAAUCACAGGAUGAUGUUAGGCAACUGGAGGUAGAUGAAGACUUUGAAGAGGGAUCAAGCGACAAUCUAGAUUUAACCAAAACACCACAGCCUAAAGAAAGAAGAAGAAAGCAUAGACCAAAAGUGGUAAUAGAAGGUCAAACCAAAAGUGCAAACAAGAGAACCCCAAAACCAGAUGGUUCAAAGGGAAACAAAAAAUAUGAUGCAACAGGAACACCCACAAAUAAAGGGACAAAUGAAGUGACUGAUCGAACCAUAAGCCGGCCAGUUAGGAAAACAUGUAGGCGAAGAAUCAACUUUGGAGACGAAUGGGAUUUUGAGGGGUCUGACUUUGAGUUCAUAUUUGAAAGUCAAGUCCUAAGCCCUAUAACCCCAGCCAAAUCUGAGACAAAGAAGGAUGCCGAGAACAAGUGUUCAAAAGCAAAACAGAAAAUAGAUUUUUCAAGAAGUAAUAUAGUGAGUCGAGAUAAUUCUUCCUGUAGUACUAGUGCAGGCUUCAAAAAAGAUGCAUCGGGGAUUUGUUACAAGUCUUUGGAGGCAUAUCGGUCUAAAAUUCCAACAUUUCCUUCAACAUACAAGAGAAAGAGAACCGAACUGCGUUAUACUUCUAUUAUAUCCUGGGCAAAAUCCUCUGUAUGGUCUCCUGAAAGAUUAACACUGAAUGGUGUCAAUCACCAAUCUUACAAGAAUAUAUUGGGAUUCGGUAAUUUGGAGAACAUCCGAAAGAAAAGAAGCAAGGGUAUAAAACGGAUGCGUGACUUAAAAUCGCUAACUCAAAUGAUAGAGGGUAAACAGCAUACCUGCAUGGAAGCCCUUGCCGCCGAUUUUGGCUUUAAUAGAGCAGCAAAGAAACGAACCAAGAGAAACUCUACAAUGUCAUCAUCCUCAUACUACAAUCACUGGUUCCUCACCAACUAUAUAGGUUUGCAGUCAAAUUUUAGAUGGAAAAACACCUAUGAUAUGGAUGCAUUGAUAAACCAAUUUGAGAAUCUGGGUCUUAAAAAUCAAAGGGUGGAACAAGACCAGAAAGCACUUGUGCCAUACUUAACAAGAUACCAGGAGAAAAAAGCACUUGUACCGUACACAACAAGAUACCGGCAGAAGAAUAGUGUCGUUUUAUAUCAACAAAACAGAAGUCUGGUUCCUUUUGAAGAUUCUGAUUAUGAAGAGAAGAGUGGGAAGCUACGCCCUAAAGUUGAGCUUGAUGACGAGACAGACAGAGUGUGGAGGCUGUUGCUAGAAGAUAUAAAUAGUCAAGGAAUAGAUGGGAUAGAUGAAGAUAACUCGAAAUACUGGGAAGAAGAACGAAAUGUAUUUAGUGGAAGAGCGGCUUCGUUCAUUGCAAGGAUGCACCUUGUUCAAGGGGACAGACGUUUCUCUCGGUGGAAAGGGUCAGUUGUAGACUCUGUUACUGGAGUUUUUCUUACACAGAAUGUAUCAGAUCAUCUGUCCAGCUCAGCAUUCAUAAAUCUUGCUGCAAGAUAUCCCCUAAAGUCAAAGAGUAGCACCGAACCACCUCAUGAAGAGAAAUCGAGCAUAUCUGUCAGCGAAAUCUGCCAGUUAGAUCUAGAAGAAACCACCAGAUGGCAAGAUAACUCAAAUCUGCAGCCAGCUCAGCCUCAUGAUUCUACAACGCCGCAGCAUGCUGAUUAUGAAGAAAAAGGAGUUGUAAACAGCAACGAAUUAGAAAGUAUAGGUUAUUCACACGAACAGAAUGAGGGCGUUUCGGAAGAUCAUGUUACUUCCGAAAUCCGACUUCCUCCCAAAGACUGUGACACACAAAAAGUGAAUAUGUUAGGAGCCAUAGAAGCUGAAUAUAUCGAACUGAGAGAAGGCAGAACAAGUAUGCACAAGAAACAUGAGGAGAAGUGUGUAAGUCAACAAAGUGAAAUAUCAUCAGAAUCUGCAAACCAAACUACACUCGAAACGGUAUCGGAGAACUCAAAUAUUGUUUCAAAUCAGGACAUCAAUGACAAUAACUGCAAUGUACAGAAAAUUUUAGGUAUAGAGAAUUCAUCAGCAGAGAUUUCAGAAGUCAUUGAAAGCAACAACAUAGUGGAGAAUUCAACAGAUACUGUGCAUGAGCUAAUCGAGUCAAAUUCAAAUGAAAAUGACAAUCUUCAAGCCACUGUUAGUGGUAUUAACAAGGGUAGUACUCUAGCAAGAAAAGGUAAAACCAGAAAAGGGAAAAAAGUAAAAGUUGACUGGGAUAGUUUGAGAAAAAGCGCACAAGUCAAGAAAAAGAGAGAAAGAACACUGGACACUAUGGAUUCAUUGGACUAUGAAGCAGUUAGGUGUGCAGAUGUUGAUGAAAUUUCUGAUGCCAUUAAGGAUAGGGGCAUGAACAAUAUGCUUGCAGAGAGAAUUAAGGAGUUUCUGAAUCGACUUGUAAAAGACCAUGGAAGCAUUGAUCUUGAAUGGUUAAGAGAUGUUCCACCUGACAAAGCCAAGGAAUAUCUGCUAAGCUUUAGAGGUUUGGGCUUAAAAAGUGUGGAGUGUGUGCGGCUACUUACACUUCACCAUCUUGCUUUUCCAGUUGAUACAAAUGUGGGGCGUAUAGCUGUACGACUUGGAUGGGUCCCACUGCAACCGCUUCCAGAGUCUCUUCAAUUGCAUCUUUUAGAAUUGUAUCCAAUUUUGGAGACAAUCCAAAAGUAUUUAUGGCCACGACUCUGCAAGCUUGAUCAAAAAACUCUGUAUGAAUUACAUUACCAGAUGAUUACUUUUGGGAAGGUUUUCUGCACGAAGAACAAACCAAAUUGCAAUUCAUGUCCCAUGAAAGGAGAGUGUAGACAUUUUGCCAGCGCAUUUGCAAGUGCAAGGCUUUCACUGCCAGCAACAGAGGAGAAAAGCAUUGUAACUGGUACUGAAAACAGGACACAUGGUCAAACCCCUACAUGGACCACCAAUCAACCCCACCUAAGUCUACCGCCACCUGAUGACUAUCUGCAGCAAGAAUUUGGCAUACAAAACCAUGACCCAUUUGUUGAAGAACCAACAACACCAGAACCCAUAAUUGAGGUACCUGCAACACCAGAACUGGAACAGACACAACAAGAAUUUGAUAUAGAGGACUUCGGAGAAGAUACUGAAGAGAUCCCAACCAUCACACUCAAUAUGGAAGCUUUUACUCAGAACUUGCAGACUUACAUGGAAAAUAACAUGGAACUUGCAGACGGUGACAUGUCAAGAGCCUUAGUUGCCUUAACAUCAGAAGCUGCCUCGAUCCCUACACCAAAGCUAAAAAACGUGAGCCAGCUAAGAACAGAACACCAAGUCUAUGAGCUUCCAGAUUCACAUCCUCUCUUGAAAGGGCUGGACAAGCGAGAGCCUGAUGAUCCUUGUUCAUACCUUCUUGCAAUUUGGACACCUGGUGAAACUGCAGAGUCAAUUCAGCCACCAAAAGGACAGUGCAACUCCCAAGAAUCUGAUACCCUAUGUCACAAAGAAACAUGCUUCUGGUGUAACAGCAUGCGGGAAGCAAACUCACAAACUGUUAGAGGGACACUUUUGAUACCAUGUCGAACCGCUAUGAGAGGGAGCUUCCCACUCAAUGGCACAUACUUCCAAGUUAAUGAGGUAUUUGCAGACCAUGACUCUAGCCUAAAUCCAAUUAAUGUUCCCAGAUCUUGGUUAUGGAAUUUACCAAGAAGAACAGUGUACUUUGGAACUUCCAUACCGACAAUAUUUAGAGGCCUGACGACAGAAGGUAUCCAGUACUGCUUCUGGAGAGGGUUUGUUUGCGUGCGGGGAUUUGACCAAAAAACUCGCGCACCACGUCCACUUAUGGCUAGACUACACUUCCCAGUUAGCAAGUUAAAACGCUCAAGAGGAAAGCCUGAUGAAGAUUAGAUACGGAGGCCAUUGGAGAAGUGAAAGAAACAUGCACAUAGAUUUGGUGGUAGAAAAAGGCUGACUGUUCACGCCAAGAUUGACAUGAUUCAUGUUUUAGAAAUCAUAGGGACACUGACUAACUGUAAUGACCAAAAUCUGAAUAGGUUGUUUCUUAUUUUUUUUAAACUUCUUUUAGAGAUACUGAUGACAUUUCAUUUCUAA